CCGACUCGACGCGCAACGAGAUCAACAAGAUCUUCGCCGCGCUCACCUCCGACCCCGCCGACCCGCUCCAGCGCGACCGCGAGCUCAACAUCUGGGGGCGCACCCUCAAGGUCCCCGAGUGCACGAGCAGGGUCGCGAAGUUUCGGUUCGAGGACCUGUGUGGGAAGCCGUUGAGCGCGGCGGAUUAUUUGGAGAUUACGAAGGCGUUCGGGACGGUGUUUGUGCUGGAUGUGCCGAAGAUGGAUUUGGGGAAAAAGGAUAUGGCGCGGAGGUUUAUUACUUUUAUAGAUGCUUGUUAUGAGAGCAAAACCAAACUAUUUAUCUCGUCCGAAGUACCCAUAUACCAGGUCUUCUCCGACGACGCCUCGAAGAACAAAGAGGUCACAGAUCACAUGCGCAGCGUAAUGGACGACCUGGGUUUAUCCCCAGAUACCGUCGGCACUAGCUCGAUGUUCACGGGCGAAGAGGAGAUCUUCGCGUUCGCGCGGUGCUGCUCGCGGCUGGUGCAGAUGGGGAGCAAGGAGUGGGCGGAGACCGCCGGGGAGCGGUGAUAUGUUUGCAUAAUGCUCGGAGGGGUGGAUCUUUUACUGUGUAUUUUAUGCUCUCAUCUAGUCCAUUGUACACCGACAUCCUCGGAAGUCUGUGAUUUCUUCACCGGUCACGGCACCGGGAACUGGCGUAUAUAAAGUGAGGAUGUGUGCGUCAGGCGUCUUUCCGCCUUCGUUCUCUACAUUACAGUAGAACUAGUAGGUAAAGCAUGGAUCCCUCGGACCCGGCCAGUUUCGAGCACAAGUAUGCGCUGCUUUCCACAGGUCGGAGGUACCACUACGUGGACCAAAAGCCCGAGCACUACGACCCUGCAGCUAAUCCAACUUUACUCUGCGUACACGGCUUCCCGGACUGCUGGUACGGCUGGAGAUUCCAGAUACGCCCAUGGGUAAGGCAAGGGUACCGCGUGGUCGUGCCCGACAUGCUGGGAUACGGCGGGACGGACAAGCCCGCGGAACCGGAAGAGUACUCGCCGAAGAGGCUGUCGGACGACUUGGCCGCGCUGUUGAACGUCGUCGGGGUCGGCAAGGCGGUGGUGGUCGGACAUGAUUGGGGUGCAUUCGUGUCUGGGCGGUUCGCGUUGUGGCACCCUGAGAGGCUGUUGGCUCUGGUGAUAUUGUCAGUCCCGUUCACCCCGCCUUCGACGUACUAUGUCCCGCUGGAAAGGAUAGUUGAGCAUGCGCCAAACUUGGGGUAUCAGCUGUACUUUGCGGAUGACAAGUUCACGAAAGAGAUCGAGUCCAACUUACGAACGAUGUUGCCUCUGAUGUACCGAGGUCCCAAUGGCGGCGUCAACUUUACCAAGCCGGGAGCGCUGCGUCCAAUCCUGCGAGGGGAGAAGGUGGUGGAAGAUCUCAAGGCGAAGUGCAUUUUGGACGACAAGGAGUUGGAGUACUAUCUCGAGCAGCUCCGGCACAUGCACGGUCCUCUUUCGUAUUACCGAACCAGCAAAAUUCGGUUCGAGGAAGAGAAAGCUGCCAAUUUACCCAGUUCCCCUCCUGCAGACGUGCCCGUAUUGUUCAUGUGGGGCACCAAGGAUCCCACUUCGAGAGCGUUGCUGACUCAGAAAGCGCGGAAUCCAAGAAUACACGAGGUCGCCCUAGAAGGGAAAGGGCAUUGGGUUAUGGUCGAGGCAAGGCAGCCUGUCACGGACGACUCACCUAAUAUGUCUUAUUCUCAACCUUUCCCCCUUGCGGCCACACAUGCGCCACCCCAACCCGCACAACCUGCUUUCGGUCCUGACCUCGCAGUGCGGUUGAUCUGUCCAGAGUGCAAGGAUCCAAAUCCAAAUAUCAUUGAGGAGUUUGCCAGUGGAGACCUUGUUUGUGGCACUUGCGGUCUCGUCUUGGGUGACAGGAUCGUGGACACGAGGAGUGAAUGGCGCACGUUCGCGAAUGACGAAGGCGACGACCCCUCCCGUGUCGGUGCGGCUUCCGACCCUCUCAUGGAGGGUAUGGAACAGCUCGACACCAUGAUAUCUUUUCGCGAUGGCGGCUCUGGCAUUGCAAAGGAGCUUCAGCGUGCCGCCUCUCGUUCUCAACACUCGCGUUCCGAGCGCAAUCUCGUCACAGCUUUCCGCGACAUUGCCUCGUGGUGCGACCAGUUCUCCCUCCCAAAAACCAUCUCCGAUAUCGCGAAGCAGCUCUAUAAGCGCACAGAUGAAGAGAAGCUUUUGCGGGGCAAGCCUCUCGAUGCUGUCAUUGCAGCAUGCAUCUUUAUUGCUUGCCGGCGUGCCCACGUCCCACGGACGUUCCGUGAAAUCUGCAACCUUACGAAGGUCUCGAAGAAGGUGCUCGGCCAGUGCUAUAAGGCACUCGAACAGGCAUUCAACCUCACCCCGGGCGCGUCCGCGAAUAAGCACGGGCAGGCGGGGCCUGGUACGACUACCACCAACCCCGAAGACCUCCUUAUCCGAUACUGCAAUCACCUUGCACUCCCGCCCAAUGUCCAGGGCAUAUGCAAGGAUAUCAUUCAGGUCGCGCGCGACCGCGGUAUUGCCGUCGGCCGUAGUCCCGUGUCCAUUGCAGGAGGGGCGAUCUAUUUUGCUGUUCACCUGCUCGGCCUACAGAAGCCCAUCAAGGACAUCGUUGGGGUGGCGGGUGUCAGCGAGAGUACGAUCAAGCUGGUGUACAGGCUAUAUUAUAAUGAUCGGGAACAGCUGGUCAAGAAGGAGUGGAUUGAGGAGGGCAAGGCAGACUUAAAUAGGUUGCCGGCUGACUGA